UGGAUGCCUGCCUGGUUUAUUUAUUUUUCGAAUAAUACAUCUGAAUAGGCAUUCACACAAGACAGGGCAAACAUAAUUUUGAGGCAAAGGCCCUUUCCAACUGUUGCCCGAUUAAUUGUUCUAAGCCAUUGUGUAGCUUUAUCCUUAUCCUGUGGAGUCCAAAAUUUAUCCCUCGCAUACUAAUUAGAUGGCAGGUGCCUGUGUCUGACAGUCAAGAUUCGCACUAUCCAGCCCCACCACCUGACCCUUACAGUCUUAUCUCCUGCUGCUAUGAGUUUCUCCACUGGGCCAAACUCCACCCAUCCACCCUCCAAGGCCCAGUUCAAACGUCUACUCUGUGAAGCCAUCUCUGGAUCUCCCUCGAGCGGGGAGGCCCCCCAUGCUUCUGAAUUUCCACUCUUUUGUUUUUGUAGCCUUCAUCAGACGCUAAGCUCCCCAGGACCUUGCACGCAGUAGGUUCCUCAAUGGAGCGUUUGCUGGAAUAGGGGAGCCUGGUCUCCAGCUUCCCGAGAGGCAGCUAAGCACGACAGCCAAAGCGGAGCUGGGCAAAGACCAGACCCGCUUUUGGAGUCAGUGUCUACAAAGUGCUCUCGGGGGAAGGGGGCACGCGGCGAACGUCGCCCACCCGGAGCCGAUCCCCCCAAGAACGCUUCACUGGGGUGGGGUUACUGCCUGGGCUGUCCCCAAGCACAGUGCACACACUUCACACAUCCACAAGCCUCCUGAAACGCCUCUCCCCUCAGACCGACCUUUCCGUUUCCUUCAACGCCUCCCAUCUGUUGUGUGCGUUCCAGUUUCCAACUCAGAGUCAGAACCCUCAUUUCCACAGUCUCCUACAACAGCCCGGGGACGCACACAAGGCACGGGUUACUUUUCAGACGGGGAUUUGGGGCUCAGGGUCCAGCGACUCGUCCAAGGUCACUCUCAAGAAGUACGAGGGCUAUGACUUUGACCCAGGCCUUCUAACUCCCGGGGCAGCGCUCCUUCCAAGCCCCCCGCAAGCGGUCUGAGCUUCGAAGGAAAAAGUUAAAACGUUUAAAAGUGAUUCGUAUGUUCCAAAGCACGCACAAAGUGUGUUCUUCUGUGAACUGCGGAAUGGGUCGCUGAUAAAAGGUCCCUCUGAAGGUUUGAAGAUACCCAACAAGGCUCCACAGAGGGCACUUUGGAGUCUUCCGCGAAGGCGCUAGCCCCCUAAAACCGACAAUGCCCAGACGCCCCCUGCAGGCAGCGCGCUAGAGAACGCGCGUUGGCUGUUUCUGGCACGCUGAGGCCACCGUACGGCAUUAAGGGUGAAGCAUCGAGGCUAGCAGAGCCCGCAACCUGGCAGGUGUGCUGGCGUGGCCCUUUACCUGCCCCGCCGCGGCGGCCUGCGGCCAGGAAAAGCAGGCUGGCGACAUCUGGCGGGCCGCGGGCCGAGGGAGAGGAGGCGGGGCGGCGUCUCCCUCACGUGACCGCAACGGCGCCUGGCGCGUAGUUCUGCGCCGCAGCCCCUGGGUCGGUCACGGUCUGCGCCUGCGCGGGCGCCGGCUCGCUAUCGGUCCUGCGGGACGCGGGUGGCGAUGGGAAAUCCAGUUAUCAAAAUUGACUUGAGAAGAGAGAACCUAACAGAACAAUAACAAUGGAAGAAAUUGGGAACAUUAUCACAAAGCUGUCAUCCUGCCAAACUCCAGGCUCAGGUGAUGUCACAGGUUAAAAAAAGUCCUUCAUGAAAAAGAAAGAUCUUAAGCAACAUGAUGGAUUCAGAAGCUCAUGAAAAGAGGUCACCAAUACUAACAUCUUCAAAACAAGAUAUAUCACCUCAUAUUACAAAUGUUGGUGAGAUGAAGCAUUACUUGUGUGGCUGCUGUGCAGCCUUCAACAAUGUCGCAAUCACAUUUCCCAUUCAGAAGGUCCUCUUUCGACAACAGCUGUAUGGCAUCAAAACACGGGAUGCAAUACUUCAGUUGAGAAGGGAUGGAUUUCGAAAUUUGUAUCGUGGAAUCCUUCCCCCAUUGAUGCAGAAGACAACUACACUUGCACUUAUGUUUGGUCUCUAUGAAGAUUUAUCCUGCCUUCUCCACAAGCAUGUCAGUGCUCCAGAGUUUGCAACCUGUGGCGUGGCGGCAGUGCUUGCAGGGACAACAGAAGCAAUUUUCACUCCACUGGAAAGAGUUCAGACAUUGCUUCAAGACCACAAGCAUCAUGACAAAUUUACCAACACUUAUCAGGCUUUCAAGGCACUGAAAUGUCAUGGAAUUGGAGAGUAUUAUCGGGGCUUGGUGCCCAUUCUUUUCCGGAAUGGACUCAGCAAUGUCUUGUUUUUUGGCCUUCGAGGUCCCAUUAAGGAGCAUCUGCCUACCGCGACGACUCACAGUGCUCAUUUGGUCAAUGAUUUUAUCUGUGGAGGUCUAUUGGGUGCCAUGUUGGGAUUCUUGUUUUUUCCAAUUAAUGUUGUAAAAACUCGCAUACAGUCUCAGAUUGGUGGGGAAUUUCAGUCUUUCCCCAAGGUUUUCCAAAAAAUCUGGCUGGAACGGGACAGAAAACUGAUAAAUCUUUUCAGAGGUGCCCAUCUGAAUUACCAUCGGUCCCUUAUUUCUUGGGGCAUAAUCAAUGCAACUUAUGAGUUCUUGUUAAAGGUUAUAUGAAAAAUACCAUCAGUUAAGUGCCAUUUAUCAACUGAAUAGACCUUCUAAGAAGAA